AUGACGGAACAAAAGCUUUUCGCCUGCAAGACCGCUUUCCCAACCGAAAUCUUUGAAGAAAUCCUCGACAACUUCACCAACGAGAAGAGGGCGCUCAGGUCCUGCUCGCUUGUGGAUACCACGUUUUGCGGCAUCUGCCAGCGUCGUCUCUUCCGAAAUGUCAAUCUUUGCGAACCAGAAGACGCUUCACGAUUUGUGAACAUCCUGAAGAUGCGACCCCACCUUGGGGAAUAUGUUCGACAGCUUGGGAUUUACGACUACGCGGACGUCGAGUCUGGGUGGAGCUAUUGGCGGUACAAGAACGCAUUGCCCUCUCUCCUGAGGCACCUCAACCGUGUACGACGCAUUGACCUAGACGGAAACGACAAGGACUGGGAAGAUAUGCCCCCAAAACUCCAGGAAGAUUUUAUUCGCUUCUUCCAGUCGCAUUCGCUCCUGUCCAUCUUCCUCUCGAACGUCUUGAAUUUUCCACUUUCUGCAUUGAGUGGUACGGCGUCGUUGAGGAAGCUUUCCCUUAACAACAUAUCCUGGGAGGCAUCGUUACCACCAUCCAACAAGACCCGAAGCCACUUUCCCGCCCUGAAGCUGGACACCCUUGUCCUUCGACUAAACGAGAUUCCAAAGUCCGCAAGCAGCACCCCAAUAUCACAAUCCAUCAAUCUCUCCAAUCUUCGCCGACUCUCCCUGUCCACAUCUAAUGCCUCGUGCAUCAACGGCUGUCUGCAACGUUGCGGCAACGCGCUUGAAGAUCUGUAUAUUUUCACUUCUGCACCUACCGUCUCCACGUUCCAUUACAACGGACGAACGACCAGCCUCGUCCAAAGCCACAGAUCUGGCUCCUCCGUCAGCCUUGAGCAGCUGUCAGGACUGAAGACGUUGGCGCUGCGGACAACAUUACGAAGCACUUUUGGGUCAGUGCAAGGCGGCUUGCGCUACAUGACCUCCUUCCCCUGGCUCAUCGACCUCCUCCAAACUCUCCCACCGUACCCAUCAAACUCGCUAUCGAACAUCAUCAUCCACCUUCGCGCCAACUUCAGGACACCAGAGCAACUGCACGAGGUCGAUUGGAGCGACUUCGCUGCCGCGUUGACGUCCAAGAACCUGGCUCGGCUGUGCCACAUCGAAUUCCGGCUCUGGACGCCGGAGUAUUUCGACUUCUUGGAGGUCGUGGAUGCGUUCCGCGCGAGUGCCCCGUUGUGCAAGUUGAUGGAUAAGGGAUUGUUAUCAAUACAAAGCGAUACGAAGACCGCCUCGGACGUCGCUUGGUGGUAA